AUUCUGGCCGGCGCCAAAAGUAGUCACCGGCCACCUUCAAAUACCCCCUCCCACUUUCCUUCAAAUUCAUCAAUCGUAGACUUUACACGCAAAGCUGCAAAUUCAUCAAAAUCACACACGAAAUCCAUGGAUAUCUUUUCGUACUUCACCUCGAACAUUGACACAGAGAAGAUGGGUUUUGAUGACGACGAAUUCGAAGAUGCUGAAACAGGAACAGCUCUUUCUUUGAUUUCAGAUGCAUUUGAGGAACUAUCGGAUUUAAUUAAAAAGGAUAAUGGGGUUUCCAUCGAGCUGCGUUUGAAGCCCUUUUGUGACGCGUGUUCUUUGGUCUCUGUUCUAUUUGGUUCGCUUGGCAUCGCUUUCAAAUUUGCCGAGAUGGAAUACACCUCCAAGGUGCGUGAUCUUUCUGAAGCAGCAAGUCUUUAUGGCACUUUAAGUAAAGUAAUUGAUUACGAUGUUAAAAGUGACACUGUGCAAUCAGCUGAGAGCCUUACUCGAAAGCUUCGAAGAGUUAGACAAGGUCUAGAUCUUAUCAGAGAAUUGUUUCAGAAUUUCUUGUCAACAGAUGAUUACUCAUUGAAAGAAGCAGCUUCAGAGGCUUACAAACAAGUGUGUGCUCCAUAUCACACAUGGGCGGUUAGAACUGCAGUUUCAGCAGGAAUGUGUGCUCUUCCAACAAGAGAUCAACUCUUGUUAAAUCUAAAUGAAAGUGAUGAAUCAGCAGAAAGUGAAAUGAGAAGGUAUAUAAAGGCUUCGCUUCCUAUUAUAAAUUACAUUGAUAAUCUCUACACUUCAAGGGGAAUCACUUUGGAUUGGUGAUAUUUUAUUUUACAAUGCCCAAAGUUGUUCACAAUUUUUUUUCCAUGGAAGUCAUCUAUGUUAUGUUAUGGUGUCAAGGUGUGUUUGUUCCUAUUCUUUUUGUAUAUUGGCCAUUCUUUGUUACAAUUAGGUG